AUGGUGGAAAAGAGGAGCGUUGAUGGAAAUCUCGUUGUUGUGGAUACGAAUGAAUGGGUAGCCAAGAACAAGCAGGACUUUGUUCCUCCCGUCUGCAACAAGUGCAUGUAAGAAACCGAAUGUCUUGACGAAUAUUGUUGCAGGUUUUCCGACUUCCUGAAGGUAUUCUUUGUAGGCGGACCGAAUUCUCGGAAUGAUUAUCAUAUUGAAGAAGGUGAAGAGGUACUGUAGCGUGUUCUCAGUAUGAAAAAUAGUCAGCAUUUUAGUUAUUCUAUCAGAUCAAGGGAGACAUGAUCUUAAAAGUGGUUGAGGAUGGUGUUCCGAGAGAUUUGAGGAUUAAAGAAGGGCACUUGUUUCUGUUACCAUCAAGAGUUCAACAUUCUCCGCAGCGAUUUGAGGAGACGUUAGGAUGUGUAGUUGAACGAGAAAGGAAGCAAGAUGAACUUGAUUGUGUCAGGUAAUCUGUCAAUUUUUCCCCUUAAUUUUUUCUUGAAUUUUCUUAUCGACGUUACAUAGUAAGCAAGAUGUUUUUAGAUACUUCAUAAACGAUAAAUCCCCUCCAACUCCAUUAUGGGAACGUUGGUUCCAUUUAAACGACGUCGUUAAAGAUCUUCCUCCAGUAAUUCAAGAGUUCAACGGCAGUUCCGAAAAGGCCAACAACUGUCCUGGAGAUGGGAGUUUUAAAAGGGAACCUGGAUUUGAACCCAGUAAUGUCAAACUAACUGAACCAAUCAAUCUCUCUCAAUUUAUUGAUCAAAACAUAGACAAGAUCAAGUACGUUUUAAAUGUUUUCUUGCUUUUAAAACAUACCGUAUGCCAAUAUCCUGCGGUUAAUCCAGUGCUAGACUUAGGAGGCCGUCAACUUAAGACGUUUCGUUAUUUGAUGAGUUGACGUCAACGUUCUUGCUUCCACACCCCCGCUUUCAAAAUAGACAGCUAGGACCCAUUGAACGUAUUUGAAACAGAAAAAAAUAUUUUUUUUACAAAUGGCUAACCACUACAUAAUUCUUCAUAAUUUCAGCGGUUCCAAGGUGCAAUUGUUUAAAGACCAGAAGACCAAAACCGAGACCUUCUUACUCGGCCGAGGAGAACAUACUUUGGAGAGUGGAGAAACGGAGCUGUUGCUGCUCUUUGAACGAGGAGAGGGCGUUUUAGAUUACAAUGGAGAGACGUUUACCGUACCGGCCUUCCAUACAGUCAGACUUCAGAAGAAUUCCAAGGCCACGUUGAAGAUUGAAAACGGAAUUGGUCUGACUUUUAAGUUUAUUUGA